AUGGCUGCAGGCAAAAGCGAUGAUGACGGCUCUGCUAUGUAUGCUUAUUAUCGUGACAUUGUUCGUCAGAUGAUGUUUGCAAACGGAGAUCUUGAAGAUCCAAUUCCAACAUGCAUCGAACUAGUCCUCGACAUAGCGAAAUUUCAAAUGGUUAAAGCGCUCGAGGACGCUUGGCAAUUUGCUAAGGCUGCCAAAAAGAAUUCUAUCACAUUAGAAGACAUACUGACUUUAUUUAAACAUCAUAAAUUUAUAUUGAAAAGAUUGCUACAAUUCGCGAAGACGGCGGAAAGUGUGAAUGAACUGAAACGAGCAGCUCCACGAACAGCAAAGUUGGACGAAGAGCGUGAGGAAGAAAGCGAUGCGGAGGAUAACUUACCGACAGGGAGGUAG